AUGUUGGACGAAUCAACGUCCAGAAAUGGCGAUGGCACUGCGAGUAAUAUUAUGAAUGCAUUAACCAACAUGUGGAACAAAGAUGAUCUUUUUCCAACAAAAUCAUGUUGGUUAGCUACCGACAACGCCUCGACAUUUACCGGGGUGCGUGAAGGCGUGAUAGCUAAACUAAAACGUUAUUUAGGGGCUGAAUGGAUUGAAUCUAGCCCGUGUGUAGCACACACAUUUUCACUUGCUGGUAGCGAAGCGGGAUAUUUAGAAAAGUCCACAAAUAAUCAACAACCUGCUCGUGCAGAAUCUAUUGUCAAAUUAGAAACAGUUAUUUCUGGUAUUUAUAACUUUUUUGGAAGAAGUAGUGGUCGUCAAUUCAAAUUGAAAUCUUGGCAGGCAUUUAUGGAAAUGCCAGAACUAAAAAUGAAAAAAAUAUUUGAUAUUCGUUGGUUAUCAAUUGGCGGGUGUAUUAGACCCAUAAUAGAUAAUGUUUAUCCAGGUUCUCAAGCACUUUUAACUUGUUUACAACAAAUCGCGUUGGAUAUAAAUACAUCUAAAAUUGAACGUGAAAAUGCACAAGGUUUAUUAAACUCGAUUUUAGAUGAUGAAUUUUUAUUUUUGUUACACAUGCAUCAUGAUUUACAUCAAAUAGUACUUGGUCCUGUAACUAAAAUGAUGCAGCGUGAUAAUCUGUCAUACUUUACCUUGAUGGAUGUUUUAGCUGAAAAACGAAAAAUUUUAAGCUCUUGGACAUCUCAGUCAUCAUUGAUUAUGGGUCCAUCACUUUGUGAUUAUGUUGAAUCUACUGAAUCAGGGUGUUUUGGUGGAUUCAAAAUUAAAUUAGGUGAUCGUGAAAAUUUUGAGAAAGAUUGUCUUGGUCAUAUAGAACGGUUAAUUCAACAGCUAGAUAAACGUUUCAAGCCUUCUCUACUGCAGGAAAGCUUAAGUGUAUUAUUUGAUCCUCAAUAUCUCAUCAACAACAGUAAAAAAUUGAAUUCCAAUCAUUAUGGUCGAUCACAACUGAAUUUUCUUCGUAAAAAAUACAAAAUGUACCCGGAAUUCGAUUCUAAUGCUGUUAUACAUGAAUGGGAAUCAAUGAAACAAUGUAUUAUUGAGUUUAUAAAUAAUUCUUUAUCUGUUGGUACAGAAUCAUUAUUCUGGAAAACUUUUAUUGGCAUAAAACAAGCAACAGAUAAUAAUUUUGUUCAUCAAUACAAAAAUAUUUUAAUUUUACUCAAUAUUUAUCUGAUUGCACCAACAAACAGUGCUGAGUGUGAAAGAGGAUUUUCGGCCAUUAAUCGAAUUCAAACGGUCGGAAGAUCUCGUUUGACGAUAUCAACACUAAAUAUGUUAAUGAUCGUGCGUAUGCUUCUCAAAGAUGAUAUUAGAAGCUCUAGGUGUCAAUUUGUGGUAACUGAAGCUUUUAAAUUAUGGAAUUCAAAAGAUCAUCAACGUCGUUUUCAUGAAAUUCAAACAUUAGCUGAUGUUGAUGAUGAUUAUCAACCAAUGAAACAGGCUCGUUCAGUUGUUAAACGAUCGUCGUCUUUAAUUGGAUCUCAAAUUAUUUACAAGAAGAUAAAAAAUUCUAAAUCGAAGGCAAUUAAAUGUGCAAACGGAUGCAAAACCAGUAUUUCUGGAGAUGAUCCAACACAAAUGGAAGCUAUACAAUGUUGUCAUCAAAAUGAUCAAUUUGAAGAUAUUGAAUUCGACCAAAACUGCUCCAGAUGGUUAUGCAACGGUUGUCGAAUAAAACUGAAAAUUACAACAGAUUCAAUUUGGUUUUGUGCAGAUCAUGUGGAUAUGUAUAAUGAUGAUGACGACGAUGAAGAUAUUGAUGGUUCAAAAUGA